CCUUUACCAUCGGCGCCUAACCACCACACACCACCCCGUUUAACCCAAACCUGAGUCCCUGACCCUUACCAAACCAUUGACCUUGGCUCACACUACCCCCUCUGCCACCCUCCAACCCCAUCUCUCCGUCUAUGGCUUCCGAAGAAGACCACACGGUCUACAACGAAGACGACCUCGACGAAGACGAAGAAAGCCUAGACGAGGACCACCUAGCCCACCCAAACGACGUCGUCUACGAUGAAGACGAAGACGUUGACGUCGAUGUCUACGACGAAUCCAACUCCACCUCCUCCUCCAACUUCGCUACCGUCGAUGCAUACCCCCUUCCUCCUAAUCCACCAACCUCAUCUGCCGUAGUCACUGUUGCCCUCGCCGCCGCCGGUGAUCCCACCCAAUCCACCCUCCCCAAUCCAAAACAUCGCCGUAUAAAUGACGUCAGCAUCACCGCCGCCGCCGCCACCACCGUCGUCGAAGAGAGACAGAAGCCAUUACCAAUGGACGAGUCCCGACGACUCUUCCAACGGCUCUGGACCGACGAGGACGAAAUCGAGCUCUUACGAGGCUUCCUAGAGUACAACACGAGUCGAAGUGGGACCCACAAUUCUUCCUCCCAUCCCGAUACGACGGCGUUUUACGACCAGAUCAAGAGCAAAUUGCAGCUGGAGUUCAACAAGAACCAGUUGGUGGAGAAAUUGAGAAGGCUCAAGAAGAAAUACCGGAACGUGUUGAAUCGAAUCGAGUCGGGUAAGGAAUGUGUGUUCAAGAGCCCACACGACCAGGCCACUUUUGAGAUCUCUCAGAGGAUAUGGAGCGGAGUGUCUUUGAAUCGUGGAGCUGGUGGCGGAAUUGAUGAUGAUGAUACAAGCCCUGUUCCUAAUCCUCACCCUAAGCCUAAGCCUAACACUAACUCUAACCCCAAUUUGAUUGAUCAGAAUAUUGAUACUGGGUAUCUUAUAGUUGGUAAUUGUAAUCAUACCUCGGAGAAAAAGAUCUCCAGUUCACGAAAAAGAUCACGAGGAGGAGGAGGUGGUUGUAGUGGCGGUGUUAAAGUUGAGGAUGAUCAUGGAAUUAAUCCACAACCAGUGGGUGUGGGUGUGGCCACGACCACGGCCUCACCACCUAUUCCAAAGAAUUUGAUUGAGGAGACUGUGAGGAGUUGUGUAUCACCAUUGUUCAAGGAGCUGGUAAACAAUGUGAUGAAUAGGCCAGGGGGUUUGCGAGGGUUUGGGAUGGGAUUGAGUCUGAUGCCAUUGGAUUUUGGUGGGCAGAUGGAUAUAGUGGGAGGAAGGGGUGCGGCAGGUGAGAAAUGGAGGGAGCAGCAGAUUUUGGAGUUGGAGGUUUAUUCGAAGCGGUUGGAAUUGGUGCAGGAUCAAAUUAAGGGUCAAUUGGAGGGGCUGAGGUCAAUGGGGAGGUGAUGGAAGGUUAUGUUUUGGAUGCGAGUUGUUGUAAGUUUGUGGAGUUUUUGGAUUUUAUAUUUUCUUUGGUUGGUUUAUAGAUUUGUUGGUCAUUGAUCAACAAUUAAUACUGUGUAGUUGGUACUUGCAUUCUGUUUAGAUUUCUCACCCCUUUUUUUUUUAUUGAACUUUGGCUGUCUAAUAAGUAUUUCUAAUUAUUCUGCCUUUGAUAGCUUGUUCAAACUUGUUUAUUUUGUGCAUAUUUAUGAGAAUAAAAUGAUAGUAAAAAAAG